AUGGUCCAAGUUCACAGAGGACAUCUUAUACCCAGAGUGCAUGCUUUUUAUCCUGGGAAACGAAUGCCUUUUUUAUGUUGCUACAAUCGGUCGUCUGGCUGGAGAAUCCUAUCCGAGAACUAUGAAGAACAUGUAAAAGGUCUGCGGUCAGAGCAGUUUGAUAUCAAUCAAGAUGGAGGUAGCGAAAACUAUCUGACAUGCAUCGCCAUAUCCGAGAAUGGAGUCAUUGCAAUGGGGUCUGGCAACAAGGAUGGCAGCCUGUAUUUUGUGAGAGACAUGUCUGCUGUAAAGGAUGUAGAAUCUGGACCGAGAUUUAUGCCUUUGCAUAAAGAGGUACUAGGGGCGCCUAUACACUCAAUUGACUGGUCAGGCCAUCAUUUACUCGUGGGCACUAAUCAAGGUGUGACAAAGCUAUUUAGCAUAGUCUUUGAGAAUGAUCAAUUACAGGAUUUCAGCUUGAUAGGUCAAUACGUCAGUCCACCAUCUGAGAUCACCAUCUACUCGCCAUCCUACAUUGCCAACUCGCACAUCAAAUCAUCCGAGCUUUCGCCAAAUUACUCUUCAAACGACAUGGACGCAUCCGUUCACGCAUCAAGCCGGUUUCUAACAACCACUGUGAAUCAGCUGUGUGUGUGGGAUGCGCUGGAACAAAAGGCACCUGUAUCACGUAUCUAUGCAACUGAAGCGCCAUUGAACUGUGCAAGCUGGUCGCCCAAUGAUGCACACUCAUUGAUUGUGUGUGGUGGCUAUGAUCGAAAGCUGCUGAUAGUAGACACUCGCAUACCAACCAACAGCCAUAAUGGUGAGGUGUGGAGUGCAGACAAUGCUCACGAUAGACCUAUUCGAGACGCCAAGUUCAAUCCCUUUAUACCCUACUGGGUAGCCUCUGCAGGUGAGGACUCUUUGGUCAGUAUAUGGGAUAUUAGAGCAUCAUACAAAGUGCCUGUUGCCAAGAUUGAUGGUAAUUCAGGAAUUGUUACCUCUGUCACUUGGUCCAACAUUCGACCUGAGAAUUUAGGUACAACAGCUUCAGAUGGCACCAUGCGAUACUACACACUUUCGCCUGAAGCAUUACCUAUAUGGGACACGCAUUAUCGUAUUACUCGCUACGAUCAGCAGGACACAUUACCUAUCGUACGGGAACGCAAGAAGGGAAACGUUUGGUUCACCAAAGAUCAAAAUUACAAAUAUGCCAAUGCUCAAUCAUGGAAAACUGAUAUAUGGGAUGAGGGUGACUAUGCUGAAGAGGAAAGAUCCACCAUGUUGUUGGCAGGUGCUCUUGGAUUAGGUGAAUGGGGUAGACCAGAGCCUGGUACCAUCUAUAAAGGCGAGGAAAUUGUGGAGGCCAGAGGUGCUGUGGUGAAAGUGAUUCCAUCCAAAUUGAGACCAAGCAUGUACUAUUCCAUCACCAGUGGAGGACAAUUGACAGCAAGCAUUGUGAGAUUUGAUGCUGCUAGUAAUUUAAGGAAUAGGCAUAGAUUUGAUCCGGCUGAAAAGGACGCUUUGGCAGCUAAAAUCGAGGAUGACAUUUACUGUAGACGCAUUACAGAUGCUCAGCAAGGUUUGGAACAGCUGAAGAAUGCGCCUAUCGACGAUGAGCAUACAAAAAGAGAACGGGCGGAAGAGGUUCAAUUUCUAGAGGAUUGCCUAAAGCCUCGAGAUCCCAUCAAGUGCACAGAAUGGCGAUUCGACUCGAUUCCAGACAAGUCUUCCAAAAGAAUAUCUCGUCGACUUUGGAAUGCAGAAGACAUGUGGGAGGACGCUAUUCAAACGUUUAAAAGGGAUCUCAAGUAUUGGAGUUAUCGUAUUCCUCCUGGUUAUAACACAAAGUACAAGUUUCCACUGGAAUUUACUGCGCCUAUUAUUGCUCCACGCCUGGUAGAGGAGGAAGCAGUGCUGGCGCCCUUGCCACCCAAGAAGGAAGAUCCUGCUCCAGAAUACCUCAAAGUACCUGACGACAUUGCCAAUUCGCCUUACAUAUAUGAGUCAGAUAUAGAAGACAACAACGACGGAGGCUCAAUCAUGUCAAACACAAGCAGUGUCCAUAAAGGUGUAUUCAAACCGCACGAAAGAGAAGCGUCUAUAGAUGAUACUGCAUCGCAGCAGCCCAUCAAGGAUAGACGCAAUAUGAGCCAUGUUCCGCCUAUUGUCACUAUGCAUGUGGACCAAGAUCCAAACAGUGUUGAAGCAUCCACCAAUCCGUUCACGCCACCACAGAGCGCAAACAACCCAGUUCCACCUUCUUUCAGCACAAAUCCAUUCAAACCUGAUGCUGCUGUGCACCCUGAACAAUCUCCCUUGAAAACACCUAAAUCAACAAACCCGUUCGAAACGAAUGCAUUGGAUAUGGAUGGCAUUUAUCAUCAACAAAGGUCGACGAAUCCAUUCGAGCAUGAGUCCUUGCCUGAAUCACCCUUGGCCGCUGGUUCGCAAGACCCACAUUUGAUGGACGAUAAUCGCAGUAUACAAAGCGCACGCAGCGAGAAAUCAGAAAAGCAGCAUCACAAGCAUCACAGCUGGCUAUCCGGCGGCACUCAUCAGCUGAAUCUUACUCUGUCUCGCCAUAGUGCCAACAGUGAAGAAAGACAUCAGGAAGAGGAAGAGGGCAGUAACCUCAGCAAGACACUGUCUCAAAAGAAACAUCGUAAAUUCAAUCCAUUCAAGCGUAUACUCUCAAGAAGCGGGACAGAUAAGAAGGACUAUUCACAGCAGCGAAACAAUAGUGUGUCAACCGAUGAGACCAUAGAGGAUAGCCAUGCCAAUACACUGCUGAGAAAAGACUCCAGUCGUAGAAAUGCAAUUCAUGGUCCAUUUUAG